UCUUCCGGUGUCAUGGCGUCUAUUGCGUCUCGGGGCAAAAUAGGGAGAGCUAGAUGAUUGCUAUACCGCGUUUUGUGGCUUCUAUUCGCUGUGGACUGCUUAGAAAGAACCUUGGAGACCUCCGAGCUACGCAAUGGAGGCAGUGACCUUUGAGGAUGUGGCUGUGAACUUCACCAGUGAGGAGUGGGCUUUGCUGAGUCCAUCCCAAAAGAAGCUCUACAGAGAUGUAAUGGAGGAAACCUUUAGGAACAUGGCUGCUAUAGGAAGACUUGGGAAUAACCAUGAAGUUGGAAAAGAAUGCGAAAUUUACUGGAGAUAUUUAAGAAAUGGCAAAAUUGAGAAAUGCAAUAGACAUAAAACUUGGAAUCAGUACGAAGAAACAUUUCCUUGUACUCCAGAUGGAAAUGUGGAUGUGAAAGAAACAGACACACACAAUGAUGUUCAGAUCCAUGAAACACGCUGCAAUGGAGAGAAACGUUAUGUAUGUAAGCAAUGUGGGAAAGCUUUCACAACACGUGGAUAUUGUCAAAUACAUGAAAGAAUUCACACUGGACAGAAGCCCUAUGUAUGUAAGCACUGUGAGAAAGCAUUCAGCACACGUGGAAAUUGUCAAAUGCAUGAAAGACUUCACACUGGGGAGAAACCCUAUGUGUGUAAUCAAUGUGGAAAGGCUUUCAGCACAAAACGUCAUUGUCAAACACAUGAAAGAACUCAUACUGGGGAGAAACCAUAUAUGUGCAAGCAAUGUGGGAAAACUUUCAGCAGAAACACUCACUGUCGAAUUCAUGAAAGAACUCACACUGGGGAGAAACCAUAUAUGUGUAAGCAAUGUGGGAAAGCUUUUACCACAAAUGGAUAUUGUAAAAUACAUGAAAGACUUCACACUGGAGAGAAACCCUAUGUAUGUAAGCAAUGUGGAAAAGCUUUCAACAGAUACAAUGAUCGAAAAAUACAUGAGCGAAUUCACACAGGAGAGAAACCGUAUGUAUGUAAGCAAUGUGGGAAGGCUUUCACCACAGGCAGAUCUUGUCAUAUACACGAAAGAAUUCACACUGGGGAGAAACCCUAUGUGUGUGAACAAUGUGGGAAAGCUUUCAGUACGAACAGCCAUUGGCGAACACAUGAAAGAAUUCACACAGGGAAGAAACACUGAUUAUGUAAGCAAUGUGGCAAAGCUUUUAGCAGUCACAGUGAAUGUAAUGUACAUGAACAAACUCAUACUGAGAAUUAAUCAUGUAUGUAAGUAAUGUGUGAAUACUUUUAGCACAUAAAAUGAUUGUUAUGUAUAUAAAAGAAGGGUAAGUAACGUGGGAAGGAUGCCUGUUCACACACAUUUUGAAACACAUGAAAGCCUCAAUGGGUAGAUACUUUAUAUAUAUAAUCUUUUUGAGAUGGGCAUGGUGGCACAGGCCUGUAAUCCCAGCAGUUGGGAGACUGAAGCAGGAGGAUUGUUGUGAGUUCAAGACCAGCCUGGGCUACAAAGUAAGCUCAAGGGCCACCUGAAUUGCAUAGUGAGAUCCUAUCUAAAAAAAAAAAAUUUUUUUUUUCUUUUUUUGAAAAUAUGGUGAAAAUUUCUCAUGUGAAGACCAAAAGAAAUUAGUACAGGAUGUUUGAUGUAUUUCUUCACAAAUGUUCCAGAAAAUACAAAUCUGAGGUGGAGCUCUCCUCAAGUACAUAUGUUGUGUGGUUUUCAUUAAAUCAUUUAUUUAUAAAUAUCUAGAUUUUGUACCUGUAGUAUUUAAUAUAAAAAUACUGAGUUGACAUAAAUUCACAUUCUUGAGUGUCUGUGCGUAACCAUAUUGUGUUUUAAUUAAACAUGAAUUGAAAUGCACUUUUUACUUUCAAGUAUGGUUAGUGUCUGUGUAAUUAAUGUUUUGUCUUUAAAAUUGGGAGAUAUAGACCACUAUUAUUUUUGUUAAUUGUUGGGAUUUUGCCUCUGUUUUUGUUAAAUUUUUGAUGCUUCAUGCUUUUAUACUUCAUCUUCAGUGUAACAAAUGAUGUUUCUGAAUUUGAUGCUACAUUUUAUAUUAAGAUGCACAAUUUCAGGGGCUUAUGAGUAUGUAUUUUUGAUAAAGUUGAGUUCUCUUUCACAAUUUGUAGACUGGCAAAUGUCGUGUUAUUCAUAUUGUGACAAGAUACCUGCUUAUAUCCUAACAUCAUUGUCUAUCAUGUCAUGUACAUAGUGUUGUCUGUUCUUUCUUACUGGAGCCAGUAUUAUCAUUUACAUAAACAUUUAUGUUUUCUUGCCAUCCAAAUUUUGUCAUGUUUGUAUUGCAUUGAUUUUUAAUUUAUUGUUAAUUUUUCCACCACAUGUACCAAAAAUAAACCAUACUACUGUGAAUUUCUGAUGGCUCCAGACUAGCUAGAGCAUAAAUUGUCUCCAAAAGCAUAUCAAGAAUUGUAGUAAUAUCUCCAGGAAGUACAAAUGAUAGUAUGAUUUAUCAGUAACAACAAUUCAAAAGGAAGUUUUCUCAGUUGCUUUUGGGAAAUUGGUUGGUACUAAAAUGCAUUUACUUUAUUCUAUUUGUAAUUAUUGUUGCUUUUUCCUAAUACACUGAACUAAUGAAUUGAAGGCAAACCUAAAUUGUGAGGUAUCAGUGUUAUAAAAGAUGAAUUUAGGGGGCUGGGGAUUUGCCUCCUCAGUAGCAUAAGCACCUGCCUUGCAAGCAUGUGGUCGUGAGUUCGAUCCCUGGUACCAGUAAAAAUACAAAAAAAAAAAAAAAAGAUGAAUUUACUAAAUUCUGAUUCAGAAUGUGUUGUUUUUAAGAUCUAUACAACACCAUUUCAGUGUUCAUAAGAACACUGCCUGAUGUUUGCAAUUUGUACCAGUUGCUGGCAAUCACCUACACUGACCUGUAUUUUUCACUCUCUUUUUAACAUCAGUGUAAUUUGUAAAGUUUUUCAUAGAUUUUAAGGUGUACUUGAUGAUUUUAUUGUAGAAAAAAAUGGAAAUUUGCUGAACUGUGUACCCCCAAAUUUUCAAUUUUCAAUAUUUGUUUUUAAAAUUUGAGAUCGUAUCUUACUAUGUUGCUCAGGAUGAUGUGAACCUUAUGGACUAUUGUUUGGACAUGUAUGUGCCAUUAUGCCAGUUUAAGAUUGGGGUUCUUUAUUGCUCCUGAUUUACCAUGGUUUCAGUGUUUAGGUGUGGUGUCGCCUAAGGAGCGUGGCCCUCUCAUAGUCUGUGAUAACAUCAGCCCCAGCAUGAGAACAGAGACUGGGUAGGAAAGCUGGACCCAAGAGAAGAAAAUGUUCUUCCCUCUUGUCUCAUGAUGCGUGACUAGGCUGUGUUUACAGAGCUAGAAGGAAGUGGCCGACCUUCAGGUGGCUAGAAAGAACAAACAUAAUUAAAAACAUUCUUGGGUUAAUGGUGUUCCUCCUGGGUUAUUGGGGCAAGAAGAACUGGUUAUGCUUGCUUGCUUAACUUAGAUAGUUUAGAUAACAUUGUAGUUUAUCACAAAGCUUGUCACAAAAUGUGCUAUUUCACGAUAAUCGUCUGUGCACUGUGAGUUGAUCCGGUUCACUAUAUAAGAACCUAAAAAUAAAGUACAGCAUGCAGUAGCAAUUGCUGUUUUCUCUGCUCUGCA